UUUGCAUAUUCAUGCAUGACUCAUGACGUCACGUUGUUGAAAAAAAUGGCGGACGUACAUGAGACGUGCCAGUCGAAUGGAAACAAUAUAAAUGAAGUAUCUUCUAAGAAAAAGGGUAACAGAUCAAAGCAGGAGUUGGAUUUAGACAACACUGCAAGAGGCAUGUCUACCACACAGUCGACUUCACGAUUCCAUGUGGCCAGAGUGAAUGAUGAGAAAAAGACGGAAGAUUCCGAACAGCCGCUUUCAGAAGAGCCGAAGCCGACACCGGCAUCAGGAAAACCAGCUAAACAAUUGGAUUUUCAAAUUCCAGAAUCUCCUCAAUCUCCAAAAUCUCCGUACGACUCAGUCCAAUUUUUCGCAGGAACUGUCAGUCCAAAUGACACGUAUGGAUAUAAUAAUUCGUGCGAGACGCACAUGAAAACAUUUGGAAAGAAUACUGUGGAAGCUAUUCCCCAUGUGGAUCACUACAGAAAUUUACUUUCAGCAACCGCUGCUUUAAAAUCGAGACCAACUCUUGCCGAACUACACGAAGAGAAGGAGGAGGAAUUAAUUCGAGCCAAACAGAGGGAGCCACUUCUGACGUCCGAGGAGAACCUGGUGGAAGAAAACGCCAACAAAGCUAGUAGUGCGAUCAAGUUUGGAUGGAUCAAAGGAGUACUGGUACGAUGUCUGUUAAACAUCUGGGGGGUGAUGCUGUUUAUGCGUCUUUCGUGGGUGGUGGGUCAGGCGGGGAUCGGACUCUCAACCCUCAUCGUCCUCCUGGCCACGGUGGUCACUGUGAUCACCUCUAUAUCUAUGUCUGCCAUCUGUACCAACGGGGAGGUCAAGGGAGGUGGAGCUUAUUACAUGAUCUCGCGGAGUCUUGGGCCGGAAUUUGGUGGUGCUAUUGGUCUGAUUUUCUCCGUCGCAAAUGCGGUAGCAGUAGCCAUGUAUGUGGUUGGCUUUGCGGAAACAGUUCGAGACAUUCUUAAGGCUAAUGACUCUCUGAUGGUGGAUGAAACCAAUGACAUCCGAAUCAUCGGAGUCCUUACAGUCACGUUACUACUGGCCAUAGCCAUCAUAGGGAUGGAAUGGGAGGCCCGGGCUCAAGUUGUUUUACUGGGAGCAUUAUUGAUAGCAAUACUGAAUUUCGUUGUUGGAACCUUUAUUCCUCCCAGUGAUGAAAAAGUUGUGCAGGGAAUUGUGGGAUAUCAAGGGACGGUUUUCGUGGAGAACUUUGGUCCCAAGUUUACAGAAGGGGAGAACUUCUUUUCUGUGUUUGCCAUUUUUUUCCCAGCAGCCACUGGAAUUUUAGCGGGAGCCAAUAUCUCAGGAGACCUCAAAGAUGCACAAAGAGACAUUCCACGGGGGACUUUCCUAGCCAUUAUCAUUUCCUCCAUUACAUACAUUGCCUGUGCUUGGUUGCUGGGGUCCUGCAUUCUACGAGAAGCGUCAGGAUAUCUUCCAGCUGCGGUAGCAACUGCGAUGUCUAACGUGACUUAUAAUGGCACUGAUGUGUUGAAUGUUACCCUGGGUGUGAUAAACAUUACUACCCCUACUCCAGGGGCAGCGGCGGCCAGUGUGUAUAGCUUGGCCAGGAACUGUACCCUGGGUAAGGGAGGGGUCUGCACCAGGGGACUGCUGUAUGACUUCCAGGCCAUGGAGGUGGUAUCAGGAUGGGGCCCACUCCUGACUGUCGGGAUCUUCUCUGCCACGCUAUCCUCAGCCCUGGCCAGCUUAGUGUCUGCCCCCAAAGUCUUCCAAGCAGUAUGUAAAGAUAGAAUAUUCCCCAAAAUCCAUGUGUUUGCCAAAGGCUAUGGUGCUAGUGAAAACCCUCGGAGAGCCUAUUUCCUGGCCUAUGCCAUAGGGGUUGCAUUUAUAUGUAUAGGUGAUUUAAAUGCCAUAGCUCCUAUCAUCUCCAACUUUUUCCUGAUGUCCUAUGCCCUCAUUAACUAUUCCUGUUUUGAUGCCUCACUUGCCAAUUCACCAGGUUGGCGGCCUGCAUUCCGUUACUACUCCAUGUGGAUGAGUCUCCUCGGUGCCUUACUUUGUAUAGCUGUGAUGUUUAUCAUGAACUGGUGGACCGCCCUCAUUACAUUUGUCAUUGUUUGUGCUCUCUUUGUAUACGUCCAUUACUCCAAACCAGAUGUGAACUGGGGCUCCUCCACUCAAGCCCAUGUCUAUAAGAAUGCUCUCAACACCACACUGAAGCUUGUCUCCGUCGCAGAUCACAUCAAGAAUUUCAGGCCUCAAGUGUUGGUGUUAACUGGUGCCCCCUGGGCUAGACCUGAACUGGUGGACUUUGUGUACUCCCUAACUAACAAGAUCAGCCUGAUGGUGUGUGGGAACAUCGUGGAGGGAGCUCAGUCAGAUAACUUGAAGCACCUGCGGGGGAUGCGGCCCAAGGAGGCAUACCAUUGGCUACACAACAGGAGGGUCAAGGCCUUCUACAGCGUCACUACCGCCCCCGACUUCAGGUGUGGAGUCCAAAACCUCCUUCAGAAUGUGGGUAUCGGGAAACUAAGGCCCAACAUCCUGAUCAUGGGCUUCAUGUCGCGCUGGAACGACCCUGAAGUGAAUAAGAAUGAGGUGUAUGAAUACGUCCAUGUGGUCCAUGACGCUUUUGAUUUGGAAUAUGGUGUAGGAAUACUGCGACUGAAAGAGGGACUAUAUUGUGAAGAAACGAAUGCUAAUGAAAGUCUGCCGGUCAACGAUUCUGUCCACCAUAAAGCGGACCCUGAGGAUCGGCAACCUAAAGUUAGGUUCAAAUUUUCACGGAAGCAUGACGAAGAGGAAAAGCGUCCAAGUUCGCCCAGCAGUCCCACAAUGCUGCGGCGUUCCAGUACUUCCUCCAAUGAUAGCGAUGAAGCUGAUGAUAACGGCAAUGACGUUAACGUAGAACUGGGCAACGUUGGCCUGGGGAAGGCCAUCCAAGAGAAUUUCAAAAAUAGGUUCGCCAAAAAACAGAAGAGGGGAACCAUCGACGUCUGGUGGCUGUUUGAUGAUGGAGGACUCACUCUGCUGCUGCCCUAUAUCUUGUCCACAAAGCAGUACUGGAGGAAUUGUCCACUCAGAGUGUUUGCUGCAGGAACAAAGCGGGGAGAAAUCGACAGGGAACAGAGACAGAUGGCCACCUUAUUGAGUCGAUUCCGUAUCCAGUGUGAGAAGAUGACAAUUCUAUCUGAUAUUGGCAAAUCACCCUCAGAGGAAAGCAUGAAGAACUUUGACAAACUACUGGAGGGCUGGAUGUUAGACGAGGAGAAUGGAGAAAGUGCAGAAAAAUUUCCUUGGAAAGUCACAGAGGAACAGAAACUAUUCCUGAAAGAUAAGACAAAGAGGAAUGUCCGUUUGAGGGAACUCCUGAUGGAACACUCCAAAGAUGCAGCUUUAAUUGUGAUGACUCUACCUGUGCCAAGAAAGAACACCUGUCCAGCUGGGCUCUACAUGGCCUGGAUAGAGACCCUCACAAAGGACCUACCCCCCAUCCUGCUCCUGAGAGGGAACCAGUCAAGUGUACUCACGUUUUACUCCUAGGCGACCGGAAUAGUUCCGGGCUCAAGCUUCUAUACAUCAUUGUCUCAUUGUGCAUAAUAAUGGCGUCUCAUUGUGCAUAAUAAUGGCUGAUGAAAAAAUAAGUGCUCAGGUGGCCUUGUUAUUGUCAUGGUGGUGUGGAGUGAUAUCUUUUAACACAUUUCUUUGUACCGUUGUUUAUGUUUACAUCUACGUGUACUUAUAUAUGCUACAUCAUUGACUAUGUUGGGUUGUGAUAUCUCAUCAAGUUAAACUCUUCACAUCACAUGCAAAUGUCUAAGUUAUACAUGUACAGUAUGAAUGGAGGGAGAUAUUACAUUAUUUUUUCUCUCAGAGUCUGUUUAAUUUUUAAUUUCCAAAUAUCUUUGUUUUGUUUUACAACCAAAUGAAGUCAUUUCUAGGUAUAUAAUAAUUGCCCUGUUUUUAAAUCUUAUCAAUAUUUAAUUGUGUUUAUCAGUCUCAGUUAUUCUGUAAUGUAUAUAAAAUGUCUGCUCUUUGAUUUGUACAUAUUGUCCUAUGGUACCUGCCACUUUAUCUCAGUUACAUAUACAUGUACUUAUCAUUUAAGCUUUAUUUAAUGUGAGGUUCAUACGUAAAUAUACAUGUAUGUAUCUCUUGUCCACAUCCCCUUGGCUUUACUAUAUAAUUUUUGUAAAGCUACAUUUAAACUGAAUAUUGCUUUUUAUGUAUACACCAAAGACAUUGAAGAGUUAAGCUUUUUGUUUGAGAUCAAUUGCCUGUUACGUAUUGACAGAAAUGUCUCAUUGUUUGGUACUUUGGUACUUUUUUCUCUGUUGUGAUAUUACUGUUGGUGACAGAAGUGAGUGCAUGUACAGACAGGGGUUAUGUUACAUGCUUUUGAUUUAAGGUGACUGGUAGAUAGAAUCCUACCAACUGUCUCAUAGCUACAGAAAAGAAAUAAUGAGUUUGGUGUUUAAGUCUUUAAAAAACCAGGAUAUACCUGGUAAUGGUAUAGUGUUCCCGCAUUGACAUGAAUUACAAAUUACAAAAUGAUAUAUUUGUAGUACAUAUUAAAUGAUUUUGGUUAGAAAUUGUGUACAUCAGCAUUCUGUCUCAUCAAUGUCACACAAAUGUUUAAUGGUUUGAGUGUCACAUUGUAGUUUAAACAAUGUAAAUGACUUAGAGUAGGCAUUAUAAUGUUAUGUGUUCAUUGUAAUUAUGACUUUUAUGAUAUAACAAUUCGCCGUCACAAGCAAUAUCAUGAAUAUCAAUAUCUACAUUCAAUUUUUUUAUAUAAGCUUAGCUUAUAAUAAUAUGAAGAUAAUAUAUGCUGACUAUACUCAAUGAUGAAAAAAGGAAUAAUUGCCCAAAAGCUAGAUGUAUUGUUUAUAAUUUUCACAUAAUACACUGUACAUUUGUUGCAAUGUUCCUACAGGACAUCAAUCAUCAAUUGUUACAACCUCAUUGUUGACAUGUAUAGGUUCAUGGUCUGUGUGUGUGUGAUUCAAACUGUAUUGGUACAUCAUGUUUAUCUUACAUUUGCGUUAUUAUUCUAAGGGGCGUGUCUCAGUAGUGGGAUAUGAUUGGCUGAAUGGGUUUAUGGGUUACAAGUUGUUCUGUAUGUAUCUUAUUUAAGGCAUUAAGUUUGUGUGAAACAAAUUCUAUACUCUAAGUUCUAGUACUUCACUGAAAAAUCAACAGAGUACAUGUUUAUGAUUUUGUCAAAUGGUUUGAGUUCUGGAGUGAAUUAAAACAAAAGUGGUUUCCAUGUGCAAUACUGGGUAAAAUGUGGUCAAAAUUUAUGGAAUGAUCAAAAUAGAUUUGAGUUUGGUUGGUUAAUUGAGUUUUAUAAUUAUUGAUAGAUGUGUAGCAGAUUGUGACAAUCAGUUCCUAGUUAAACAGCGAGACUAAUGCUGCAGCAUCAGAUGUUUUAACAUAGUAUGCCAUCAGUAUUUGUAAUUGGAAUGUUAACAAAAUUUUGGCAAUCUUGAGGCUCUACUAUGUAAUUCAUCUCGGAAAGUUUUAAAAACAUUUUAAAUUUUAGAUAUAGUUUCAUCAGCAAAGGCUUUUAUUCCUUACUGACUCAGAAAUCACCAUUAUGAAGUUUAUGGCAUCAGUGAUUGGAAGAAAUGUGUACAUUCCUUUUAUUUUAAUAGGAGUUAAUGUUCAAUUGCAAUGAAAAAGAAAUUAUUUUUGUAAAAGCAUGUAUAUAAGAAGUUAAGUUCUUUUUUUCUUGACAGAUAUUUUCUUGAAAGCAUUUCCAUUUGUUUCCAAACUUGUUAAUAAGUUAGCUUGUUAUAAUUAUGUAAUGUUUACUGCUAAUGAAUUAAGGUAAAGUUUGCGGCUUGUGUUGAUUUUUCAUUUUAAGAAAAAUGCACAAAAGUUACACAUGAUUUUGUAUACUAUACUAAUAUGUAGUCUGUAUUAUAAUCAAAUUUUACCAGACCCAUUUUUAACUAUAAAAGGUCAAAGUUAAUGAUUUAACCCAUUAUUUUGAUAAAGACUUUAACCUGUAGGUCACAUAUGUUGCAAGUGUGAAGGUGAAGGCAUCAAAGUUACAAAGGGUAUACCAUAGUCAUUGACUGGUCUUUCAGUCAUUUAGUCCAUCAUUGCUGGGCCUUUUUUGUAAGCAAAUUGCUUUUAAACCACUGUAAGGAAUUCCAUGAAACUUUGUAGGUAUUUAGGUCACAAUGUGUAGAUGUGCAUAUUACCAGGAUAUUCCAUUUUUCGUUAUUUCCGAUUUAUGUGGAAAUUGACAAAAUAUUGUGUACUGAUAGUUUUUCACUGUAAACUAUGGAAGUAAUUCAAAAUGAUUUUGUUUAAGUCUAUUAUUGACGUCAUAUUUGAAAUAAAAGGGAGCUGGUAUUGCUUCAUAAUAAAAACCUUAGUUACCCCCUGUAGCCGCAAACCUUACCUUGAUGAACGAGUAAGUGGAUGAUGGACCAACCACAUUAGUGGGAGUUGUAGGAUGUCACAAGGUGAACAAGGUGCUCCUUAAUGCCAGUAGUCAAAUAAUUAUUUUGUUUUUUUUGUAAUAUUUCUUCAUUUGUUUUAUUUUUUAAGGGGGUGCAAUUAAAUGCAUACACAUAUUUUAUUUUACAUGUGUGUAGUUUACAAACCUUUGUCAGGAAAGCAAGUGUUCACAAAUGACAGAAUCUCAUAUUAUUGUUCAUUUUGGCAAACAUAGACUUUAUAAUUUUGGUAAAUAAACUGUUUUUAACUUGUU